GCCAAACCUGGAAGUCGCCGCGUGAAGUGCGCAGUGUUUUGUGUGCGGAGGGCCAUUUAUAGCGCUGGUCAUGGUUUCAGAAGAGGCAGAAAUUCGCCAGUUCGUCUUCAAAGAGCUCCGUGGCUGUUCGGACCUCAGCACUUUAACCCUCGGCAUCCUGCGAAAGAGGUAUCUGGCGCAUGUGGGCAGGGAAGCCCUGAGUGUGGAGCACAGACAGCUGCUCAAGCAAGUCGUAGAGGAGGAGCUUCUGAAAAUGCAAGGAGAAGACAGUGAUGAUGAGCCUUUAGCCAGAAAGGCAAAUGCUUCCCAGAAAAAGAAAAAACGCAAGAGGGAGGAUGAAGAAGAAGAAACAGAGACAGAAGACAAACAUUUUGAUGUAGUAGCCCAGAAAAAGAAACCUCGUUUUGAGUCAGUUCCCCCAGAUUCCCCAGAUUCUGGAAUAGAGAAAGCAGCCAAUGAAGAACAUGGAAGUGAUAAAGACUUGGACAAGGAAAGUGAUGACGAAGCGACGAAGAAGAAAAAAGAACCACAAAAAGCAAGGGUGAAUAGGAAGGCAAGCACAAGCUCAGAAAGUGAGGGGGAGAGGAAGAGAAAUAAAGCAAAGAAGAGAGGAAAGGUGAUGGAGAGUGAGGGAGAGGAGCAUGACAGCUCUGAAGAUUCAGGUGAUGAAGAAGAAGAAAAGCUGCAGGAAGCAAAGGCCACAGGCCGAAAGAAAAAGCAAAGUGCGAGCUCGGACAGCGAAGAGGAAACAAACACCAAACAGAUGAAAAGGAAAGGAGGGAGAAAGGAUGGCAGUGAGCAUGAGACUGAGAGAAAGAGAGGCAAAGCAGCCUCUCAGAAGAGCAAACAGAAAGAGACUAAACAAGAGAUGAGGUCACCAGAGAGUGAAGCUGUGAGAAGAGUGCAGAAAGAAGUGUUUGGGAGUUCUUCUGAGAGUGAGGAAGACGACGACGAGGAGAAGACAGAGGUGAAACAAUCUGAAAAGAACAAACAGAGUGACUCUGACAGCGAGAGUGAUGAUGGAGAGGUUGAUGAUGAAGAAACAAACAAAAAGAAUCACACUGCUAAUGUCUCUAUAGAAAAACUGAAAGAGAAAGAGAGAGAAGAAAAUAUGAAGGAUGUAGCAGAAGACUCUGACUCCUCAUCCUUGCCUUCGCUAGAAAGUGAAGAAGAAGGCAGGAAGAAGCCUAAACAGGAAGAAAAAAAGAAAAGUGCACCAAAGAAAAAGAAGGAAGAUAGUGAGAGCAAGACUAAAGGAGGAAAGGACGAGGAGAAUAAAGCUGUGUCCAGGCUGAAGCGCUACAUCUCCAUCUGUGGCGUAAGGCGGAACUACAAGAAGAUACUAGAGGGCUGCCGCUCAGUGAAGGCAAAGGUGGCUGUGCUGAAGAAAGAACUGGAAGAGCUGGGAGUGGAAGGUCAGCCCACCAUAGAGAAGUGUAAGAAGGCCAGACUGAAGAGAGAGGAAGCUCAGGAACUUGCAGAGCUGGAUGUUAGCAACAUCAUUACCACUCAUGGCCGUCCCAAGCGCAGAGCUUCAACACUGUGGCCUGUUCAGGGCCGCUCUCCUCCAGCAUCAGCCUACAAACGGGCAGUGAACUCUGACUCAGACAGUGAAGAUGGCCAUGCAGACAGGGGGCGCAAGAGAACAACAGACUGGAGCAACCUGCGGGGAAUCAUUAGUGAUGAUGCAGGGAGUGAUUAGGUGACAAGGGCCUCACCCAAGUGUACAAAGUGUUUAUAGCAUAUUCCGUUCAGAUUUUUCAGGCUGAUGUUCUGUUUAUGUCUUUGUUUCGGUCCCGUUCAUUUUUAGGUGUACUUGUUGAGGUACUGGAUGUACUUCUUUUACGUAUGUUCAUCUAUGCAACUUUAACAGAAUAAUAAAGAAUUAUCCUUUGUA